UUGACAGAAAGUCAUGUUACUGUUCAAGUUGAUGACUGUAUGGGAGUAUUGGACUUCCAUCCCUCAUUAGAGGUAGGAGUUGUAUAUCUCAGUGAAGCUGAUCUGGUGGCAGGAGGAGAUAGUUACAAAUCCAAGCUGCUCAAACUUGCCAAGGUACUGGAUACAUGUAGAAUAAUGGAUUGUUCAGGUUAAAGAUAAGCAGCAUCUACCCAAAUAGUUUCUUUUUAAAGUAACACACCAUAUUGACUACCUAGGGCAAACAUUGAUGUCAUCUAUGCUUUAUUAAAGAUUGCAAAAUGCUUCUCACGCCACAAAUUUUUUUCAUCAAGGUUUUAUUCUUCAAUACUAUUAUUCCUCACUGUUGAGAAUCAAGGGAUACAUUUUGCAUAUUUUGGGAGGACCUUGCACGAAAGUUAGAGAGGAUCUAUAAGAUGAAAAUGGGGUCCCAUUUUGCCAAAGAUAAAGAAAUAUUUUCAUGGUAGGGAUUUGGAUCACACAUGGUAAUGCACAUGUCAACAAUCUACCAUUCCAAUAAUUGUAUUCAUCUUUGUUACUUUCCUUCUCUUUAGGCUUCAUUUAGGAAAGUUGUGUUGGCAGAAAAGACUUCUUUGAGUUCCCAGUACUUCUAUGAUCUACAGAAGUUCAUUGUCAUUGAAAGAGGCCUAGCACUUCUUCCAGUGACAUCACCUACUGAAGCAGGCAAAAUCUUGGCUCAAAUGGUAAACCCUCUUUUAUUGAAAACUUUCUGAAGGUUCUGUGAGUGUGUUCAACUUGCAGCUAAAAGUGCAGAACUAUUGAGAAAGCUCUAUUCAAAGAAACGUUGGCUGAGAUCAAUGUUUUCCUAAUGGAACAACAUUACAAAGAUGGUUAUUUUAUUUUUUCGAAGAGUUUCCUUGUAUUGGCUCCCUUGGUUUUUUGUGUGAUACCAAAAUUCAAGCUUUAGUUCUCUCUUAUGUUUAGUGCUAUGAAAAUAUUCUUUUAGCCCUGUAUAUUUUACGUCAACCAUUAUUUUUAUGGUCUUUGAAAACUUCCUUGUAAUAUUUUUUAACUUUCUUACUGACAAAACAAGUUGUUUCCAGGUGUUUUUGGAGAGCAAGCCCCAAAACAACCCUUAUCGGAUCAAGGUAAAACCUACACCAACCGACCAAGCCUUACUGACAACACUUCAGACAGUUCCAGGUUUAGGACAAAGAAAAGCAAUGGCCCUGUUAGCUAAGUUCAACAGUAAGAAA